CAACCUCAGGUCAAUCCAUCUCUCGACACCUCAUUUCUCCGACGAGCACGAUGAGGACGGCGUUGUCGCUUCUCUCCUUCCUCGCCGUCUCAGUGCUUAUCCUCGCCCCCAUGGCGAUGGCGGACGGCUACAGCCAGCCGCAAGACUACCAGCCGCCGGCCUACAGGAAGCCCGCGGACGGCCUUGCCGCCGGAUACUACGGCGAGUCGUGCCCCGACAUGGAGGGCAUCGUCCAGAGGGCCGUCAAGAAGGCCUUCGCCGCAGACUACACCAUCGCCGCGGGCCUCAUCCGCCUCUUCUUCCACGACUUUGCCGUCGGGGGGUGCGACGCGUCGAUCCUGAUAGACGCGCCGGGGAGCGAGAAGUACGCCGCGGCGAGCAAGACGCUCCGGGGCUUCGAGCUCAUCGAGGCCAUCAAGACGGAGCUGGAGGCCAAGUGCCCCAAGACCGUCUCCUGCGCCGACAUCCUCACCGCCGCCACCCGCGACGCCAGCAGGGAGGUGGGAGUGAGCUACUGGCCGCUCGUGUACGGCCGCAAGGACGGCCGCCAGUCCCGCAAAGAGGCCGCCGACAAGUACGUGCCCAUGGGCCGCGAGAGCGUCACAGACCUCGUCGCCUUCUUCGAGUCCAUGGGCCUAAACGUCCGCGACCUCGUCGUCCUCUCCGGCGCGCACACCAUCGGCAAGGCCAGCUGUGCCGCCGUGAAGCCGCGUCUGUGCAAGAGCAAGCCGGAGACGCUGGACGGCAAGUACGGCGACUUCCUGAGGCGCAAGUGCCGCCGCGGCGACGCGGAGCACGAGCGAGUGGAGCUUGACGGCGUCAGGCCCACGGCGUUCGAUAACGGCUACUACAAGAACCUGGAGCGCAGGAUGGGACUCCUGGAGACGGACCAGAAGAUGCUCCAUGACUCCCGGACCAGGAGCUUCGUCCAGGAAAUGGCCCGAGAGCCCGAGGAAUUCAAGCGCCAAUUCGCCGAGUCCAUGCGCUGGCUCGGCAACGUGCAGGUCCUCACCGGCAGCGAGGGCGAGGUUCGAUCCAAGUGCUCCGCCGUCAACUACUGAUCGAUCCACAUACGUCGGCGAAACAGCAUGCGCAUCUCGGUUAAUUUCUUGGUUCAGGAGCGAAAUGUUGCUUGCCUUUUUGGGUUUAUUAAUUCACUUGUUUUGGUUAAUCUUUUCUAAACUACUUAUAUACUUAUACAGUACUACGUGUUUGUGGUGUAAAGUCAUGGCAUGUGUCAGACAUACUUUUGCCUCCCAUUGGUUGGAGCCGAUGAAUGAUCUUUUUCAACGUUUUUUUUCU